UGGACUUGUGUCGAUGCAGGGGCAUGGAGCAAGGAUAAAGAGUGGGAAAGUUAGUGACAGUGACCCCAAAAUGUUAAAAUGUUACUAUCGGGCAACUGAAGAACAGGGAGUACAGUCAGACAUGCACCAGACAAGUGUCCCCAAGAAAGGGACAGGAGAGCAGGAGGGGUGUAGGAAGGUGGCUGCCUUGUCACGGUCGUAUGACGGUGCAGCUGAUACAGAAGUGGAUAUAUCUCACCCCAGUCUCUGCCCAAAGGCUCAUCUCUCCGCAACUUUAGGCCCGGGAGAGUGGACGGAUUGGACUGGUAACAGAAGAGGUCAGCAGGACGCCUGUCUACAUAAGGCAGCAGCUGACACCAGGUGCCGAAAAGAUGAAAUCCAUGGACCGCCGGCCCAGAGGGGGAACAGAUCUGCUCUGCCGCUAAUCCAGAAAGGAGCAGGGAGGGAGCCAGCUCCUAGGAAGAGAAAUGCUGGCAGCAGCAAAGACACCCCUCCUACACUGAAGGCAUCGAAUAAGGGGGGAAAGGACAAGUCUCUGCCCCUGCUAGCCAGUGAUAUGACACCAUGGGUGGGGGCAUCUCCUUCAGAGACAUCCCUCACCGCUCUCCUGCGUAGCAUCCCGUCUCCAAGGACGUGCUUUGUAAACAUGGCUGACCACAGCCAAGGUCAGAGAGACCCACAGCCUGCCAUAAAGCGCCAGGACAGCGGGGACCAACCGGUGCCUCUUCCCGAACAGCAGCCCCUCAGAGACAAAACUAGCAGCAGAGCUAAACAGAGGGGCAGGACCGGGGUUACCAAGAGACGGCCCCUGAGUAAAUUUCAUACCAUGAAACUACCGCCGGUCCCCGCAGUGACAGAGCUCAGCUUCAGCCGCAACUUCAGCUUCUCAUUCUUUGAGCUGCCGGAACACCAGAGUCCCCAGCACUGGCUCCAGCGCCAGCGAUCUGUCUACAUGUUGAUGAGACGAUUGGAAUAAACUGAUAUUUAAUGAUGUUUUAGAAUAACAGUGUAGAUUUACCACAACACCGGAGACCGCAAUGCGAAUAAGGAAACUUGAAGUGGAGGCAGCCAUUUUGUUAGCUACUAUAAUAUGCUUUAAAAUGUAACCUAAUGUAUCCCAUUGGGACCCACUGACGGGAUCUGGACUGAAAGUC